AUGAUUCGUUUCCAGAUGAAUAUGUCACCAGGUCAGGUGGAACGACUGAAAACUAAGCGAACGAACACCAGCCGAUAUCGUCCAUCUAUGGUCACGACUAGAACCCAUCACAGUAACGAGGGUUGGCCACAAGAUGACGACACGGGUGAUGAAGAUGAAGACAUCACUGUGAACGAGCGUCGACGGAAAGGUGGGAAUGGAUGUUUUAGAUUCCCACUGAAUUCACAGAAGGAUGAAGUAUGGUAA